AUGAAGCACUACCAGGGCACAGUGGACAAGUUGUGUCGUGUGGAGCAGGUAAAGGAGAGGAUGGAGGGAGGAGGGGAGGAAGGGAUGGAGGGGAAGAGGUGGGAGGGGAUGGAGAGAGGAGGGGAGGAAGGGAUGGAGGGGAAGAGGUGGGAGGGGAUGGGGAGAGGAGGCAUUGCAAGGGACAGAGAGGAUGAGAGAAGAGGCUCAUUCCAGGGCACUAUAACCCGAUGCGUCUCUGUUUGGCACUCAGCAUUAAGGAGAUAGAUUGGGGGUACGACCCUGCGAUAGACUAGCGUCCAGUCCAGGGGGUGUACUUUUACAUCAAGCUGCCUCAUGCUACAGAAGCACGCUAUUGGGAACGGGAAAGGGGAUACUUAGUCAGUUGCACAACUGAAUGCAUUCAACCGAAAUUUGUCGUCUGCAUUUAACCCAACACAUCUACCGUUCUGACUCGCACAAGCCAAGGCUUGUGCAAGGCCACUUACUUAAAUACUUGUACAGUAUAGCGCACUAUAUAGGGAAUAGGGUGCUAUUUGGGAUGUAUCGCUAAUCUCCUGUCUGUGUGGCAUGUAGGACCUGGCCAUGGGUACAGACGCUGAGGGGGAGAAGAUCAAGGACCCCAUGAGGGCCAUUGUUCCCAUCCUGCUGGACGCUAACGUCACCACCCACGACAAGAUCCGCAUCAUCCUCCUCUACAUCUUCCUCAAGAACGGUGAAACUGAGACGCUCGACCUUUAACCCUAACAUUUACCCUAACCCUAGCUUCAUGUCCACAUCCCAGUUCAACCCUAACCCUAAACCACAACCUUAACCCUAACGCUAGCUUCAUAUCCACAUCCUGCUUCAAACCUAACCCUCAACCACAACCCUAACUCUAACCCUAGCUUCAUGUCCACAUCCCAGUUCAACCCUAACCCUAGCCUCAACCACAACCCUAACCCUAGCUUCAUGUCCACAUCCCAGUUCAACCCUAACCCUAGCCUCAACCACAACCCUAACCCUAGCUUCAUAUCUACAUCUUGGUUCAACCCUAACCUCAAGCACAACCCUAACUCUAAGAGCUGAUCUAGGAUCAGUUUUCCCAGUUUAUUCCUAAAGCCUAUUUUAUACCCUAUUUACAUACGCAAUGCAAGCUGUGCAAAAUGGCAGUAGUGUGCAGCGACGCAAUUUGUAACUCAUCCAACUACGCAGGAUCGCCAUUUUGUGUAGCUAAUUGCUUUCUUACAUUGCGUACAUACAUAGGGUAUAAAUUAGGCUUAAAGUUAACCUAUAAGAGCUUAACAACCUGUGGUGUGCUGAUUGGGUAGGCAUCACGGAGGAGAACCUGAACAAGCUCAUCCAGCACGCCCAGAUCCCUCCUGAGGACAGUGAAAUCAUCACCAACAUGGCCCACCUGGGUGUGCCCAUCAUCACAGACGUGAGUCAGCACUCCUACUUCCUGUUGUUGGCCACUUCGUGUCUGGCCAGCCUCCUCUUCUGUCCCCCCUGCAGCUGUAGUCAAGGACACAGAUGCACCGCCACCUUUUCAACACCUGCUACAAACUCUCUUUCUCUCUCAUGCCCAUACUCUCUCUAUAUCUCUCUCGCCCUCUCUGUUUCUCUCUCUGUCACCUGACCCACUUUCUAUUUCUCUCUCGCUCUCUCUCUCUCUCUCUCUCUGUCUCUCUCUCUCUCUCUCUCACUCUCUGUCUCUCUCUCUCUCUGUCUCUCUCUCUCUCUCUGUCUCUCUGUCUCUCUCUCACCCUCUCUCUCUCUCUCUCUCUCUCUCUCUCUCUGUCUCUCUCUCUCUCACCCUCUCUCUCUCUCUCUCUCUGUCCCUCGUUCUCUUCUGUUCCUACCAUAUUAUUCCUUUCAUAUGGGUUUCAAUUAAACACUUCAAUCGGAUUGAUACUUGCAGUAAUUUAACUGUCCCCCUUUGUUAUUUUUCACCCCAUGCUCCUCCUCCCUCCUCUAGUCCACCCUCCGCAGGGGGAAGAAGCUGGACAGGAAGGAACGUGUGAGUGAGCAGACCUAUCAGCUGUCCCGCUGGACACCACUGGUCAAGGACAUCAUGGAGGUCAGUUACUGGACAAACGCAUAGUCUCUGCCUAUUUGUGUGUGUGUGUGUGUGUUUCAAGCCAUCCCAGUUGUCUUUAAUGUGUAUUAUAUUUGCUGACCAUACUCUCAUUCUGCCUUUCUCCUUGUCAUCCCUGCAGGAUGUGAUUGAAGAUAAGCUGGACACCAAGCACUACCCCUACAUCUCUACCCGCUCCUCUGCCUCCUUCAGCAGCACUGCAGUCAGGUACACACACACACAUACACUAACACGCAUACCCACACACCGGAAUGUAUUGCAGUGUAGUAGCGCUAUCGAGAUUACAAAGCAAGGAGGGUCAUAGAUCAAUAGUUAUUUGGGCUCUGAGGGAGAGGGGAGAUUAAUACUCUGAUUGGCUGUAGAACAGAGAAAGGGCGGGACUAAGCAGUGACAAACAGGAGAAAAGGCCAAACAAAUAUUCUGUUACGGAGAAGGGACAACCAGAGGGCUGUGCAUUCAAUCAAACAUACAGUACUGCAACAGAGGGCUCUGGUCAAAAGUAGUGCACAAUAUAAGGAAGAGAGUGCCAUUUAGGACACAGUCAAGGUAUCUAACCUUCACACUACUACCACAGUGGUGGGUGCGUGUGCACUGGGGAAUGAUGAGAGAGUGCUGACACAUUGACCCCUGCAUAUCCCUUCCCCCUCUAGACCUUCAUUGUGUGUGUAUUGAUUUGACAUGGGAUCUGUGCUGCUGAGAAUGUGAGCCACUUCCAACCAUCAUUCAUCCCCCUGCUCCAAUGUUAUUGACUCACUGGGAAAGAAGCUCUGAGAAUCGACAGGCAGGCUCGGUUAGAUGAGCACAUUUCACUAGACGCCUUGCACAGCCAUGACACAGCAAAACACACGCUCACACACACUGGUCGCAUUCCACACACACUGGUCGCAUUCCACACACACUGGUCACGUUCUACACACACUGGUCGCAUUCCAGACCGACUACAUUAUAGACGUUACAUUGAUCAACCCAUGGUUGUGUGUCACAUCAUUGACUACGCAGUGGUUCAUCAGAUUGCUGUAUCAUAUGAUAUGGUUUGCUGAUAUGUUAUGUAGCUAGUUGUCUCCACAUAGAGAAAGACCCUAUCUCUCUGCCCACUACCUCUCUUCCUAGUUAGAUAGACACAUUAUUUCUUCAGUACAGCAGUGGUGAAAUAGUGAAAAAGAGUAACACUGUGAUAUGCCACCCUUGUGAUUGUGCUUCUCCGUUCCUGGCAGUGCCCGGUAUGGCCACUGGCACAAGAAUAAGACCCCAGGCGAGUACCGCACCGGGCCGCGCGUCAUGGUCUUCAUCAUCGGAGGCGCAUCCUUCAGCGAGAUGCGCUCUGCAUACGAGGUCACGCAGGCCAACGGGAAGUGGGAGGCCAUCAUUGGUGAGUCUGACACCGGGGGGCGCCACUGGGUGCAGGCCGAGGGGGGAUACAAGUGGCGGUAGGGAGGGACUACCCCAUAGGGAGUGUGACAUUAGAACAGUCCAAAGAGAAAAUACACUUACAUAGACUUAGAGUCAUAGACUGAUUUUACUGGUACAUUAACACACAGUUGCCUUUAAUUUAUGCAAGAAUGCAGACUCAUUUCGAAUGGACAUAUAGCUCCUCCCUAUGGGCACUUGUUGUAGGUCUGAACAGUCUGGAUAGGUAAUAUGUCCAACAACUCCUCUGAUAGGCUAGGUGGAAUGGCUUAUACCUACCCAAUUAUUUUCAGGAUCUACAUAAAGUGCCUAGAGAUGGGGGAUAGGACGUAGAUUGGGAAAUGGGCGUACUUCUCUAACUGACUGACUCUCGUACACUGGCUAAUUCUGUUAUUGGUCCCCAUUCAUUGUGGUCAGCAUAGCAGGACACAAAUGCCAAUGUGUCUGCCAUCAUCAGUGCCAAUGCAGCUGUAUUCUGUUCCCACUAUGUUGACCACAGAUGAUUGAAGAAGGACGAAGCAGAGAAGUCUCCGGAUAAUCUUUGUCUUUUUUGAGCGCCGACUGCACUUCAUUAAAACUCUGACUCAUCCACACACCAACAUAUUUCACCUCAAUUAGCUUCCUUACUCCCAUACACCCACACCAUGAAUCCCAGUCAGUAAAGAUUCAUUAAGUAAGCUUAUGUCAUGACCCUAGUUUGCCUGUUGAAGCGAUCAACACUCAUUCUGUUAAUGCUAGACUUACUUAAGGAUCUGUUAUGUUCUUCUCUAAGAUACCACCUGUGAUAUGUGUAAACCCCUUUUGGGUGACGUGUUUUCCCUGUUUAUUGACUGUUUUCUGUCUAGUCAGCCAGUCCUUGUCCUAAGGGAGGGACUGCGUCUUGUCUGUUGUUUUUGCUGUCCUAUGCUUUUGCUUUUGGAUUCAGUCUUGUUCUGUCUAAAACACUGUUGUCUUUGAAUUGCAGCUACGUCCUGUCUUCUUCUGUGCGUCUGGGUUUCAUGUCCGUGUGUUUGCGUGUGUGUGAGUGUGCGUGUGCACAGUAUGUGGGUGGUGCUGUGCAGUGGCGUGUUUAUCACCUUCUUUUCGAGAUGGCAGAGAAAGUGUCAGAAGAGAGAAAGUGGCAUUGGGGGCGUGGCAUGUGAAGAGAAUGGAGCGUGAAGCGCCCUCUGUUCCUCCACAGGUUCCACCCACACCAUCACCCCCAUCAAAUUCUUAACGGACCUGCAGCACCCUGACUUCCGAGAGUCCACUAGGGUGUCCUUUGAGGAGCCAGACGCAGGCUCAGACGAGUGA